UUAAAGUUUAGGUGUGUGAGGAAACGGUCAGGUGUUUCCUCAACUCGACGACACAGGAAGGACAAUUUAACUUGAGACGUCCUACUGCUGAUUUAUUUUUCUACUUUUGUAUAUUUUUCUAAUUUUUUUACUUACUGUUUUUAAAUAUUUAAAAACUCAGGAUCCAUAACUUUUGCAACUCUCUUCAGAACGAGGGACACACGAGGAGUUUUGGGAGUGUGAUUGGAAGAUGAAUUCCGCCAGAUAUGAAUACGACGGUCUUAAUGGCCGUCAUGGGCAGAUUGACUUCUCAUCCAGCAAAGAGAGGAAGUCGUCAAAGAAGAAGGUCGGCAUCGUGAUUGGGGUUCUGAUGGGGAUUCUAAUCCUUGCAGCUAUAGCAGCGUUCCUCAUAUGGCUGUUUGUCUUUAAAGACGCUGAUUCAGGAUCCACCGUAAGUAUGCAGCUCAGCCCAUCCACUCAGGUCUUCAGUGGACACAUGAAGUUAGUCGAUGUGCCGUAUAACGAGAAGCUGGAGGAUACCAAGAGCAAGGAAUUCCAGUCCUUGGCGGAUAACCUGGGGGCAAUUCUGAAGGAAAACUACAAGAAAGAUCCACUCCUUGCUCAAUACCACACCAGAUCUGUCAUCUCUGCAUUCAGUGAGGGUGUGAUAGCCUACUACUGGUCCCAAUUUGAUAUUCCAGUCGAAGACCUGGAGAUCAUGUCGGAGUUCUCUGAGCAGCGAGUGUUGGAGACACUGGAGAAUGGCAUUGAAGCCCAGCGCAAAACAACAGACCUUAAAAAUAUCAAAAUCACUGAGGUCACUGCCUCAAUCACAGAUCCUCGAAUGGCCAGGAACCCCAGAGGUGCCAAGGAGUGUUUCUUCCGCCUGGAGGCCGGUGAAAGGUCGCAGACAUUUUCAUCGCCAGGUUACCCCAAGGCCUACCCCUCCCGUUCUCGGUGCCAGUGGCAGAUUCGAGCUUCAGAGGGCAAAGCCAUAUUGGUCACUUUCCCCUUCUUCAACAUCGAGGAUGACUGCUCCGAUGACUUCGUCUCCAUCUUUGACUCUUUGAGUCCGGAUGACUCUCAGGCCAUCACAGAGAAGUGUGGUCAGAGGCCGCCCUCCAACCCCCUCGAGGUGUCGUCAUCUGGGAAUAUCAUGCUGAUUAACCUGAUUACUGACGGUUUUGUGCAGAAGCCUGGAUUUAUGGCCAAUUAUAGAGCCAUCCCCAAAUCUAAAGUUCAACGCUGCGGUGGUGAUCUUACUGAAAGGGAAGGAGUCUUCACCUCCCCUCUUCACCCCAGCUUUUAUCCUCCCGCUGUGGACUGCAAGUGGACCAUCAAGGUCCCUGCUGGGAAGUUGGUGAGGGUAAAGUUCAACAUAUUUCGCAUGAAGGAGCCCGGCGUGGACAUCCGUGUGUGUCACAAAGACUAUGUGGAGGCUAUGGGCACCAAGUAUUGUGGAGAAUUGUCCUCUUUGUCAAUAACCAGCGACUCCAACGUCCUCGAGGUGAAGUUUCACUCCGAUGAGUCGUACACUGACAAAGGCUUCAGCGCAGAGUACAGCGCCUACGAUCCCGCAGAUCCUUGUCCCAAAAUGUUCGCCUGUGCUUCCGGCAUCUGCAUUUCCAAAGAUCUACAGUGUGAUGGCUGGAACGACUGUGGUGAUAUGAGUGACGAGAGGAAGUGCAAGUGUGAAAAGGACCAGUUUUCCUGUGGGAACGGUCUGUGCAAACCCAAACUCUGGGUGUGUGACCGGGUCAACGACUGCGGGGACGGCAGUGACGAGAAACAAUGCAAUUGUGAGGAAAACGAGUGGCGCUGUGGCGAUGGACUUUGUAUGCCUCAGGAAGUUGUGUGCGACAGUAAGCAGGACUGCGAAGAUGGAAGUGAUGAGGCCUCUUGUGAAACAUCUCCAGGUAUCUGCUCCGACUUCAGCUUCAAGUGUGAGAACAGUGACUGUGUCAACAAGGUGAACGCCGAAUGUGACCGCGUCAACGACUGCUCUGAUAACUCAGACGAAAAAGGCUGUGAUUGUGGCAGAAGGCCAUACAAGAUGAACCGCAUCGUGGGAGGGCAAAACGCAGAUCUAGGGGAGUGGCCAUGGCAGGUCAGCCUUCACUUUCUCACCUCUGGGCAUGCUUGUGGAGCAUCAAUCAUAUCAGAGAGGUGGCUCCUUUCUGCUUCACACUGCUUCAUCACCAGCAGCCCAAUGAACUAUGUUGCAUCCAACUGGCAGACCUAUAGCGGCAUGCAGGACCAGUACAAGGAGGAUGACAGCGUACAGCUCCGCCCAUUGAAGAGGAUCAUCACCCACCCAGAUUACAACCAGAUGACCUUUGACUAUGACAUCGCACUGCUGGAGCUCAGUCAGCCGCUGCAGUUCACCAACACCAUCCAACCCAUCUGCCUCCCCUCGUCCUCCCACGUCUUCGCUGCAGGCACGCCUUGCUGGGUCACAGGCUGGGGCGCGCUUCGAGAAGGAGGUCAAAAGGCACAGCUGCUGCAGAAGGCAUCGGUGAAAAUUAUCAAUGACACAGUGUGUAAUGUGGUCACGGAGGGCCAAGUCACCUCCAGGAUGCUCUGCAGCGGAUUCUUGGCCGGAGGAGUCGAUGCAUGCCAGGGAGACUCUGGAGGGCCCCUGGUGUGUUUUGAAGAAAGUGGUGGGAAGUGGUUCCAGGCCGGCAUAGUGAGCUGGGGCGAGGGCUGCGCUCGUCGGAACAAGCCCGGCGUCUACUCGCGCGUCACCAAGCUGAGAGAGUGGAUCAAGAAGGAGACAGGGGUUUGAGGAUGAUGUAAAGAGCAAGGAGGGAUGCAGAGCAACAUGAAAAAAAACUUUCCGGAGAAGGAACAUUUGAGUGUGAUUCAGGACAGGUGUCUCAAAGCGUUGUCCUUUAAGCAGCUGAGGAGACUCUCGCAUGGACUCAGCUACUUGCGUGGAAGCACUUUAUUUGGUUGCCAACUCCCUUUGAACACAGCCCCUGUUACUCACUUUCACACACACACACACACACAUGCAGACAUAAACUACACUAACUCAUAUUUUUGUAUAUCAUUGUUUGCAAACACUGUAUAGUCUUAAUGUACCUCCGAAGAUGUCAACAUGUUUCACAAGUUAUCAUAACCUUAAUACAUGUGAUGAAAUAUGCAUGAACUCAUAAUUCGCUUUAACUUUUACAAGAUCUUUUUAUGAAUAAUGGAUUAAGGAUUUUAACUUUUUAUAGGUUUUUAUGUUGAUUUUCAGCCCUUUUUAAGCCUUUUGGGUUUUUCUGAACAGGUGCCAUGGGCUUUGGUGAAUGUUGCACUUUGCGUAUCCUGUAUAUAGUUUAAAUAGCUUUACAUAUGGGGUUUUAUUUAUCAAUUGUCUAACAAUAAGACAUCUUUGAGCACAUUGGCUUCAAAACACUCACUUACUUCUGACUAUUUUCCAAAUAAUAGUUAUCUUGUGAUUGAUACCUACAGUAUCUGUGAAGCAGCCACUAGUCUCCGUUUUUAUCUGUUAUUAAUUCAAAACAUCAACUUGUCGGGACAUCCACAUUACUGUGUGUUGAAAUAAAGAUGAAAAAAAAGUUUUAAAAAAAGGGACAUUUUAAUAUAAUACUUAAGUGAAUGAAAACCAGAAGCAGCCAGGAAGGUGGGAAAAGCACUAAUCAAUUUAAAGGCCUGUGAGCUGUUUGGAAAAUGGCCAGCAGUUAAUGCUAAGUACACAAGAUUUGUAGGCAGAAAACUCCAGUGUGGUCCCAGAAGAUGGAUCUGAAUGAAAGACUGGACUGUUGCUGAAGUUGUUUUAAGUUGUUGUUGAUCUGAAGCUUGGUCCUCGAUCAGUAUUUCUGUUGCAUAAAUACACGUGCUGACUGGCCUUGGCUGCUCUGUGAAUGAGUUUCCAAAAUGUUAUAUUCAAGAGGGGAGGUGGAGGAUGACGAUUAGAUCCAAGUGGCUCUAUGUAAGCUCAGGCUGAUGGGGGUCUUCAGUAAAAAAAAAAUACCUGAGGGCCAAAACAAAUCAAUAGGGUUUCACAAUAUGACAGAGCAAUGCAGUGAUUUCUUUUCCCCUUUCAAGUUGCCAUCUUUGGUCACAACUUCAUCAAAUCUGAGAUUUGAUCAGGUGCUUACUUUACUCUUAAUCCCUGACUUAACCUGGAAAUAGUGUUUCCUGGAUAAACAAACCAAAGAUUUGCACAAGUAUUAUUUAUUUUAAGGGAAAAAGUUAAAAAAGAUUAUAAGGAUAUUGCUGAGCUGCUAUUUGUUGUUCUCUUGCUACAGGUGAAAGUUAAACAGGUGUAAAUGUGUAUUUUUCAGAAAUAAAGAUAAAUACAUAACAUAAGUAUUCUACAAAAAUUGUUUGGAUUAUGGACAUUUUUGAUGUUGAAACUUUUUUUUAGAUGUUUGUAAACUGAUGUUUUUAUGAGCGUUGAUAAUAAACAUCUUUAAUCAGAUUCCUCAGUA